AUGACUACCAAGACAAUGAAUAACAGAGUAGCUCUCGAUGAACCUGCACCAAUUGAUAGCUAUGUUAUCAAAUUAGGAAUCGUAGGUGAUGCUCAGAUUGGCAAAACUACACUUAUGGUCAAAUAUGUCGAAGGACAUUACGACACAGAGUACACACAGACACUUGGGGUUGAUUUUAUGGAAAAGACAUUGAUGAUCAAUCGACCCGAAGGCCGCACUGAAGUAACCUUUAGUAUCUGGGAUUUGGGAGGCCAACGGGAAUUUGUUAGCAUGUUACCACUCGUUAGCAAUGACGCCCAUGCGAUAUUGUUCAUAUUCGAUCUGACUAGGAAAUCAACGCUCAAUAGUAUCAAGGAGUGGUAUCGACAAGGCCGAGGAUUAAACAAGGUGGCACAACCAUUUUUGAUAGGCACUAAAUAUGACGAAUUUGUUAAUCACUCACACGAGGACCAUGAAGAAGUAACUCGCCAGGCUAGAAAGUUUGCUAGAGCGAUGAAGGCCCCACUCAUAUUCUGUUCGGCUGCUGAAUCUAUCAACGUACAGACGAUCUACAAGAUUGUGUUUGCCAAAACAUUUGAUUUAGGAAUCACCAUCCCCGAAAUUAGUCAAGUGGGUGGCCCGAUUGUUGAAUACAGGCAUUGCUAA